UCGAAAACCUAUGUUCUCGCCGUUUUCGCGCCUUCUAAUGUGGAUUUUCGGAUUCAGCGUUUGCGGAUAACCCCCGAUUUGCCACUAUUGUAUCUUCGCCCAAAAAAGAUAGGAGGAGUAAUGGAUUCUCAACCAAAUCUGGCGUACAUAAUGUAUGGGGUAUGCGAGUUUUCAACCUUAGAACUUGGAGAAUUUUUGAGGGUUGCUGAAGACCGCUGAUCUAACAGUCGAGCAUGGCGAAAUUUAUACUGCUAUUGUCAAGAAGAAAUCUAAACUCUUUUACAGAUUAUGAGAUCAUCCUUGUAUCUGAACAUCUGUUGUGUACUUGUGCAUACUUGCUUUGAGAUGUCUUUUAUUCCGCCUUGCAUAUACGAAGCUCAUGAAGUACUUAUAGCAGCUUGCUAUUUCUUCUAAGAUCCCAUUUUAGAAAAUUUUAAAUUUCUAAUCGUUGCAAUGCAGCACAUUGUUUCAUUUAUAAAAUUCUGUUUUUCAUUAUGUAGACCG